GAACAGAGUUCUAACUUAAAAAAAAAUUCGAAAUCAAUAAUCCAUCGCGUACAAUAUACACGAAUAAUCUGUGUUCUCGAUCUUUUCCAUAUAUCGAUCGCCAACGUUGUGGAAACCUCACUCCAAGCGCAAUUAGUAGCAUGGAUUGCUCAAACAAGGACCAAGACUCAGCACCACACGUAGUGAUGUUCCCGUUCAUGGCACAAGGCCACAUAAUCCCCUUCCUCUCCCUCGCGAAGCUGCUGAUCCAACGCCACCCUACCCUCACCGUCACCUUCCUCAACACCCCUCUCACCAUCCAAAAACUCAUCAUCAGCUCCUCCUCCGACAGCGGCAGCGGCAGCAGCGGCCGCCUCCGCUUCGUGGCGCUCCCCUUCGACGCCGCCUCCCACGGCCUCCCCGCGGGCUCCGACAACACCGACUCCCUCCCCCACCCCCUCAUCCUCGCCCUCAUGCACGCCUCCUCCUCCCUCGCCCCCCACUUCGACUCCCUCCUCCCCUCCCUCACCCCCCGCUGCACCGCCGUCGUCGCCGACGUCUUCCUCUCCUGGACCGUCGCCAUCGCCCGCCGCCACUGCCUCCCCCACGCCGCCUUCACCACCUGCGGCGCCUACGGCACCGCCGCCUACACCUCCCUCUGGCUGCACCUCCCCCACCGCAGCGCAGACGCUGACGCACACGCCCGGGAAGAAGAAUUCCACGUCCCCGGAUUUCCCGACACCUUCCGGCUCAAGACCGACCAGCUCUCGUACUACAUGCGGACGGCGGACGGCACCGACGGCUGGUCGGUGUUCUUCCGGCCGAACAUUCUGGAGUCGAUGCGGUCGCNGGGAAGGGCGGCGGGGGUCGGGGUGGAGGAGUGCGGGGAGUGGCUGCGACGGCACCCGCCGGCGUCGGUGCUCUACGUGUCGUUCGGAUCGCAGAACGCGAUCGCGGCGCCGCAGAUGAGGGCGCUGGCGGCGGGGAUCGAGGCCGCCGGCGUGCCGUUCAUCUGGGUCGUCAGGCCGCCGUUCGGGUCGGCGGAUGUCAACGGCGAGCUCCGGGAAGAGUGGCUGCCGGACGGGUUCGCGGCGAGGAUGGUGGAUAACUGCCGGGGGUUGCUGGUGAGGCAGUGGGCGCCGCAGCUGGAGAUCCUGUCGCACCCGUCGACGGGGGCGUUCCUCAGCCACUGCGGGUGGAACUCGACGCUGGAGAGCUUAAGCCGGGGCGUCCCGAUCAUCGGGUGGCCGCUGGCGUCGGAGCAGUUCUACAACUCAAAGAUGCUGGAAGAGGAGCUAGAAGUCUGCGUCGAGCUCGCGCGGGGUGUCGAGAGUGCGGUGGAGAGCGCGGAGGUGGAGAGGGUGAUCAGGGCGGUGAUCGGCAGCGAGAAGGGCAAGGAGAUGAGGAGGCGGGCGGAGACGUGCGCGGAGAUUAUCCGCGCCGCCAUGAGAGAAGUAGAAGGAGAAGGAGGGGAGAAGAAGAAAGGGUCUUCUCUUAGGGCCAUUGAUGAGUUCAUUGAAGAGGUGGUUUCUCAGUCUCAGAUGCAGGGGAAUGGAGAAUGUGGUGAGGAGUGAGAAGUCGGCGUUGGACGCUAUGGACUGACCUCUUUGCGCAAGUUUCGUUGCCGAAUUCUGGACCAGCUGCAGGUUUUGAACAGGUUUAGGGUAAAUUUGCAUUGUAAUCCCUGUAUUAUUUUGAUAUUGUAAUUUGAACCUUGUAUUUUUUUUUUUAACUGAAAAUAUUUUAGUUUCUGAACUUUUGCGGAUAUUUUAUAUAAUU